UUGCUUUUGACUCCUCUCACAUACACAUUCCUCUGCUUUUCCCUCCACUGAAAACCCAGUUUUCCAAGAAAUCCAAUUUCCCGAGAAAAUGCCGUCCCGUGUGAAAUUCUUCCUCAUCCUCUCUGUUGCUGUUGCUAUCUCCGCAAUUUUCUUAUACCCUUAUCUUCUUCCUCGCAUUGCCAAUGAUCAGGUGAACAAUCCAGUUCAAGAUUCUGGUAUUUUUGAGCAAGUCUUCCAGAACCCAGAUGUCUUCUUGAGAAAUUACGCUCUAAUGGAGAAGGAUUUCAAAAUCUUCAUGUACCCAAAAAGCGAUCAAGUGGUUCCGUUUUACAGGGAGCCCAUUCCCCAGGGGAUUAAUAUUGAAGUGAUCUUCUCCCACCAUCUCAGAUUUUCCGAAAGAUUUCAUACAUAUGAUGACACUAAGGCUCAUAUGUUUUUCAUUCCACUUACUUGGUUUCAAAUUCGCGCAAUGGGAAGUCAUGCUAAUUCUGAGAAUUAUGUUCGGCACAUAAUUGACAAGUACCCUUAUUGGAAUCGGAGUAAAGGUUUUGAUCACUUUCUUCUGACUUGCUGUGACGUUGGAGCAAUAUUCUCUGAAAGAGUUCCCCUGAAUAAUUCAAUAAAAGUCUCGUGUUCCGUAAGAAAUGAUUCCAGAAAUAAAAUACACCACAAGCACCACCACAUAACCCUCCCCCAGAUUAGACAUCCACAUGAUCCUCCAUCGCGUGGUAAUGACAUACAUCUCAGGACAAUACCCGCUUUCUGGGCUUGUCACAAACAUCCAGUAAGUGUCAGUGAUUGGGACAGAUACUUUAAGAAAUUUAAAGCAUCUAAGUAUUGCAUUUGUGAUGGAGCAUCCUAUGUCACAAGAAUCUGUAUAACAGACUCAAUCCAUUUUGGAUGUGUUCCAGUGAUUUUGUAUGAAGGCUACGAAUUGCCAUUCGGUGACAUCCUUGAUUGGACAAAAUUUUCUGUAAUAAUCAAUAAGGAUAAUGCACUUCGGGUUAAAAAGAUUCUUGAAGCCAUAUCGGAUUCAAAAUUCAGUGGACUGCACAACAACAUACUCAAGGUUCAAAGGCACUUCUAUGUGGAUGAACCUGCAGAAGGAGAUAACCCAUAUGAUCUCUUUCAUAUGAUAAUGUAUGAGCUCUGGUUGCGUCACCAUGAACGGUUUUCUGAUUCCUAA